GUGAGCCACAUCUGGAAUAGUAGCUGCAGAGGAAAGAGAGUCGAGAGACGCAGCAGCGUGGUGAUACUUUCCCGAACUCUUCCCUUCGGCACUUCGCCUUGUUACGCGGACACCAGCCUGUCGCUCUUUGCCUCUUCCUCCGACCUCACCCCUGGACUUUAAAUCGACUUUUGGAUUCGACUUAAAUGACGAAAUAGGCCACUCGGUUUCACGUGGCGUGACUUUGACGGCUCCUGUCGCGGUUUUGAAUCUACUUGAAAAAUGCUGCUCAUCCUGCUCGGAGUGCUCGUCAUGCACUUGAUCAUCCUCAUCCUCCUCAUCGUGUCCACGGCAUCCAGUGCCUGGUCUGUAGGUGGGGAUAUGAGCACAGAUUUAUGGUACAGUUGCAUGAUAACCAAUGGAGGCUACCACUGCAAGCCGGCAAGCAAUGAAGACUGGAUCCAGGCGGUGCAAGCCCUCAUGAUCCUGUCGUUGCUCUUCUGCUUCUUUUCCCUCAUCGCCUUUGUGUUCCAGCUCUUCAAACUGGUCAAGGGCGGACGCUUCUUCUUCACCGCCAUCUUCCAGAUCUUUGCCAGUUUGUUUGUGAUGUGCGCGGCGAUCAUCUACACCGUGAUGAGUCCCGAUGACAGCCCUCGCACACAGUUCGGCUACGCCUAUGUGCUGGCCUGGGUAGCUUUCCCUCUCUCUCUCAUCAGUGGCCUCAUUUAUAUCGUCCUGAGGAAGAAAGAAUGAGACAGGGAGCAGAGGAGAAACGAGGAGGGGCGGUAAGGAGACCCCCUCACCACAACAUCGCACUGUGCCUACUGCCCACAGACCAGAGACAGACAUCCCAACAAUACAACAAAAGUGCACGUGUCACUGUCAAUUGUAAACUGCAUCCGUCAUGUUCCCAUCACAUGCUGAACAAUAUCACAAAUGUUUUGCUACGCCAAUUUUAACAAACACCACAAAUGAUUCCCGUGUCCUCAAAAUGUUUUUUUUUGCAAUUUGUCGGUGACAUGUCGACUUUUGUUGCACGCUGGCACCCGACUUCCACGAGUCCAUCACGUUGGAUGAUGACGAUGAAUAAUCCUGCCUUUCUUCAGUACAAAGAUGUACAUAGUGUCUGUGGUUUUUAGACAUAUUUAUAACAUUUUUACAUACAUUUUGUACAUAUUGUUGUCAAGUUAACAUUUCUAGUGCUCCUUGUUGUGACGGAGUUUGUGUCUCUCACAAAUCAUGCAGCUGUGCCAAAGAGAUACCGCUUCACCUGCCAAGAGUAUCAAGCUUUUUUAAACUGUGUUGUCUUUUUUUAUUUUAAUUUUUUUGAGUUUGCUUUGAACAAUGUGCCUUACCUAGAAUAUCUGUGUUCUUCUUGAAGGAAAUGAGUAAAUGCUCAGAAAUUAAAAAUAAAAUUUUAAAAAACAACUUUGACUUAAACACAUGAAGUUUUGUUUUCUUCUGAAUUAUCAUUUUUACUUGAUAUGCCAAAUAUAUAUAUAUAGAUAUGUUUAGCAUUUUGUAAUCUAUUUUUUUUAAAUGGUGCUUUUUUAUCUAUUAUUCUUGAACUGUAUAGCCUACUUUGUGUUUGCAAGUGUGUCAUGUCCUGUGAUUAAUUUGCUUUGUACAAACCUGUUACCAUUUUUUUUGUCAGUAUUCUUCUAAAAUAAACCUUUUGAAAUUAA